GAUUAGAGGGUCCCUGACGUCAGGGUGGGCGGGCUGCGGUGUUGGCAGGCUGCUCCCGGACUUGGGCACCGGCCGGAUCGUUAGCGGGCACGAUGUUGCAUGUAUUGGCUGCCGGAUGUCUCUUCUUCCCGGGGCUCUACCUACUGUGUAGCCGCUUUGCCCGCCUGGCCCUGCCUGCAUGGUCGGAGGCGGACUGCUCGCUCAUCAGCGCCAGAAUAGUUUCCUCGGUCCAAGGGAUUCUUGCUGCUGUCUCUGGCAUCAUUGUUAUUACAUCCUGCAAAGAUGUGAAAUUUGGCAGGCAUUGGCUGGCUACAUCUUAUAUAUGGUUCAUAAUCCCUUACAUGAUAUAUGAUACCUACACAAUGUAUCUUCGUCACUGGUACAAAUGUCAAGACAAAGGCACAUCAAAUGGGAAAGAUCACUUUUCUGCUGCAAUAAACAGCUUACUACGGAAAGAUUUCCUCAUGCUGGUUCAUCACACAGCUAUCUUGACCAUCCUCAUUCCUAUAGGACUGUUUUUAAGGAGAGACAUUGGAGAUUUCUUUGUAGGCUGCCUCUUUGUGGCAGAAAUGAGUACUCCAUUUGUAUCACUUGGAAAAGUUUUAAUACAGUUGAAUUUGCAGAACUCCUUCUUGCAUAAAGUAAAUGGCGCAUUUGUGCUCUUAACGUUUUUCAUCUGCCGCAUCCUGCUCUUUCCUUUUAUGUACAAUGCCUACGGAAAGCAGUAUGGGAUUCCACUGUAUAAAGUACCUUUCAACAUUCCCCUGCACUGCAACAUUAUAAAUGCCUCCAUUAUGGCUCCACAGAUAUACUGGUUUUGGCUCAUUUGCAGAAAAGCCUUAAGACUUUAUACCAGUCCUAGCUCCAGCAAAGACAGAUAACAGUCACCUGUAUGACCAAGUCAUGGCACAUAGCAGUCUUUUUUUUUUUUUGGCAAUGCGGUCCCUUGUAAGGGAUAGAGACUGACGGUACUGCAACUAACUGUCAUACUAGCCCUGUGAGGCCUUGCAGACUACUUGAUAUGUGUAGAAACAAUUAUGGAAAUUUGUUACAAACUUAUACGUUAAUGUAAAACACUAUUUUGUCAGAUCUAAAAAAAAAAAAUUUGUAAGUCACAAUUUCUACAUCAGUAUUGCACUAUAUUUUUUAUAGCUAAUUUGUCAAGUGUUUGAGGUGUAGCUUUCGGAAUUACAAUUGCAUACAGUAACUGAUUAUUAAGUAAAUUAAAGAUUUAUUUUAUUA